AACUUACGCGGUAGUGACUUUCAAAUAUGGCGAUCACUGCAAACGAAGUUGCCUGUAGUAGUAACAUCAGUUUAAAGAGCAUAGUUAGUGUCUAUCGAAUGUAAGCGGUUACGGCAGGUUACGGUACCGAAUGAAUUUAUUCUGAGUUGUAUAUUCGAAGAAAAAAGAAGUCAGAUGUUAAGCACUGUCAUUUAACCUAAAAAUGGAGCAUACUAUGCCAUUUUUUCAAACAGUUACACAACGUAUAUUCAGUAACUGGACAGCACUAAAGUUGGCAGUGGAACAUGAUAUGGGUCCAGUAGAAAGUGCAAAGGAAUUUUGUUCAUACAUAACGGAUGUAUUAUAUAUGAAUGAGGGAUUGGUUAGCAGCCAAAUUGCGGCUGAACUAGAUGAUUAUAUGGAUGAUCAGUUUAAUACAGAAGUACAAGAUGACAGUAGUAUACAAAUAGCAGAGGAAUUAUUAAGGUUUCAUCGAUAUUGUAUGGAAGGCAACGAGUCUACAGCAAAAACGGAAUUUGAAAAAUUACCACCGUUACAGUCAUGGUUGAACUUGGAACAACCCACUCGACAAACUCAUUCUCAGUCAGCGAAGCACGAGCUCAAGAACUUGGUUGAAGAUAUGGAUGUAGAUAAGAACGAGCAGGAGGAAGAUGGGUGGACAGUGGUCACAAGUAGGCGAAGCAAAUAAUUUCCAAGUUUCUUUUAUAUGAAAGAUAUUUUUAUUCACCAAUUUUGUUAUGUAUAUAUAAAAGAAUGGAAAGACGUAAUAUGAGAAAUAGACAGGCGCAUAUGUGAUAUGCGCGCAUUCGUUCCACAAUCAUACAAAUUUCAGCACUAUAAUUAUCUACAAAAGUAUAUUUACCUAAGCAGCCUUUUGAAGCAUUGCUAAACGUCAUUUAGCAAGUGUGUCUUCUGUAUCUGUAGGAAAAAAAUAAAAAAUUGAAUCUGUUUUCAUUCAUCUUGAAAAAUUGAA